ACACACACACUUGUGCUCUCAUACAUUUUCUUUCCUUUCAGUAAAAACAAACACUCAGACUUUCACAUUCCGUGAUUCCAGUUCCUGGACAGUAGUCAUCACGAUUUGUUUUCUCAUUGUCUCAUUUGUUUUUUACUAGGUGGCAUUUACUGCCCAUAUUGCAUGUUUUUCUUUCAUUCCUUCAAUUUGUACAUUGCAUGCAUGUAUCACACGAGUGUACAUUUCAUUUCUUUCAUUUUUCUUUGUGUGUGUUUGUGCUACAUCUUGUGGGUGGUUUUCAGUGGCCAUCCUGCCUCAGGCGUUCCAACAGAUUUCAUAUUAUCGUGCGUUCCGCACUGGCAAGGGAGCCCUGUAGUAACGCUGUGCGCAUGCGUAGUCUCACGCAUGCGUGGAAUUCAAAAACCAAGCUUUCCCGCUUUGAUCUGUUUCUUUCUUGCUGGCCAGCGAUUGAGCAAGGACGUGUUUAGCUGUCUCUCUCCAUCUUUCAAACUUACGCUGGACAGCUCGCUCACAUCUACAUACCAACGUCCCAACACCAUGCUCACACAUACAGAAGAUGUCACACCAAACAGAGCUAAAUAUGUAUAUAUUAACCACCUUAAAUAAAUGUUGUUUGUGUUGAUAGUCUGGAGUUCAGCGUUCCGUUAAUUCUUAAUUUUAUAUAGGAAAGUUAGGUAUACAUCUAAUGAUGUAUAACCCACUUUCCUAUAACCUCAUUUUAUCCCAGGAAAUUUCUCUGAAAGAAAUCUUUGCAGAAAGGCAAUACACCAUUGCAUCUUGCUGUUAUUCUUGGACACAAAGUUUUAUUUUCAUCUUUACAGAAUGUAUCAAGCUUCUGUUAGAUCAUGGUUCUCCAAUCCGAAUAAAAAACUGUUUAGGCUGGACACCUUUGGCAGAAGCUGUGAGCUAUGGUAACCGAAAAACAAUUAAAACUUUGCUUCAUACACUCAAGCAGCAAUCUCGGAAUUCACUGGAGGAGAAAUGGGCCCUACAUAUUCAAGCACUGCGAAAUCUAGGAGACUUUUAUUUGGAAUUGCAUUGGGACUUUCAUAGUUGGGUGCCAUUGGUGUCAAGAAUUCUACCAUCAGAUAUCUGUCAAAUUCGUAAAAAGGGUGCCUAUAUAAGAUUGGAUACUACUUUAGUAGAUUUUAAUGGUAUGAAUUGGGAGCGUGGUGACAUCACAUUUUUGUUUAAUGGGAAUCAACAUUUGUCAAAACCACUUUUAGUCAUGGAUAACAAAGCCAAAAGCUUCCAGUGGAUACGCAAUGAGGAAACAGAUACUGAUCUUGAAGAUGAAGUGGACCUCCUUAUGAGCAAUGACAUUGUCGUCACUCAGAUGUCAACUAAAAAUAUUACUUUCCAUCGCAUGAAAAGUGGUUGGUUAUUCAAAGAAGAUAAAACAGAAUUAGUAGGGUCUUUUGCUGCUGAUUACUAUAGUAUAUGUGGACUAAUUUUAGAAUCUAGGAAAAGACGAGAACAUUUAACUUUAGAAGAUUUACAGAGAAAUAAAGCUCUUCAUGAAAAUUUCUGCAAAGGAGCAAUCAUGGAUGAUAUAGGGCAGACUGGAAAGCAACCAGAAAGGCGUUGUUCUUUGGCUCCACCACCAAAGCCAUGUGUAAAAUGGGGAGACUACAUACAUUCCUUUCCUGGCAAAUUUCCUUGUUUAGGACGUACUCCAAUAUCAAAAGAAAAUAGUAAAACCUAUAAAGCAACUGUUGCUAUGAGUGAAGAUUUUCCAAUGGCUGUUGAAGCGUUAUUGGAUGUACUUGAAGUUAUUGCUCCUUUUAAACAGUUUCAAAAGUUGAGGGAGUUUAUGAUGACCAAAUUACCAGACGGUUUUCCCGUGAAACUUGAUCAAAGUGGAGGCAGUACUCCAGUUCAGGACGAACCUACGUAUUCAGAUGUAGAAAACCAAGACAUUGAGAAUAGUGAUGAUGACGAAGAAAAUCAUAGAAAUUCUUUAAAGAAUUGCAGAGCUGCUGAUUCUGAUGAGUAUAUCAGUGAUGGAGGAGAAUUUGUACGUGAAGAUGUUCAGCGUGAAUUGGAAGAUGAAGAAGUAGAAAGAGAAGAAGUUGAAAGAAAUUCUGAUGAAAAUAUUUCAGAUGAUAAUGAGGAAGAUGACAAUAAUAAUGAGGAUGAUGAUAAUAAUGAUGUUGAUGCUCCUAAUCAUCCUGAAUCUACAUCCAGUGCAAAUCGCAGUCCCUCAGUUUCUCCUGUUCAUAGUAGAUCAGAUCGAAGUCGUUCAACAUCCCCCCGGAGUCCAAUCCAUUCUCCAAUGUCUGUGCCAAAAAGUAACUCAAAUCAAAGUCAGUCUCCUUCUCCACUCAAUCAACACUCUAGGUCUCCCUUAGACAGUCCAUCACAGUCCAGAAGUCGGUCAGGUUCUCCUGCUUCACAGAGAAGUCGUUCUGAUUCUGCACAAAGUCAACGCUCAGAUUCAGCUGCCUCUCAUAGAAGUAGUUCAUGGUCUCCAUUGCGUCAAAAUGAAUCUCGGUCAGUCCACAGAAGUCGCUCAGGAUCAGUUGCAUCUCAACAAAGUCACUCAAGUUCUCACAGAAGUGUUUCUGGCUCUCCUGCAUCACAUCACAGUGAAUCCAGGUCAUGGCGUUCAGGUUCUGCUGAAUCACAGAGAAGUUUAUCUGGAUCUCGGCAUAGUGCUUCUCGGUCACCAGUAUCCCACCAAAGUCAGUCAGGGUCAUCUGUUUCAAAUAGAAGUCGCUCUAGGUCACGAAGGAGUCAAUCUGGCUCUCCAGCUUCCCAGCACAGUGGUGGUUAUAUGUCUCCUCAAAGGAUUGAUUCUAAAUCAUCAGCAUCACACAAAAGUCAGUCAAGUUCAGCAGGUUCAGUGAAAUCCCCUUUAAAUAUUUCCAAUGUUCAGAACAGUCAACCUGAUUCUCCUGUUGCUCCAGUAGCCAGUCCUCUGCCUCUCUCUCAUGUUAAGAAUAAAAGAGAAAAUCUUUUUACAGACAGUGAAAAUUCUGAUUCAGAAUCAGAACAAAUAAAACGUAGGAUACAAGGCCAAAUUCAAAGUGAUAGUGAAGAUGAAGAUGAAAAAAUAAGAAGCAAUAUAAACAGAGUUUUAUCAACUGGUCUGGAGUCUGAUGAUGAUGAUGAUGAUGAUGAUGAUGAUGAUGAUGGAGAUAAUAAACUGUCUCAUGGCAGAACUGCUGAAAGAGUUACCCAAAAGUCAACUAAAAGAAUAUUAUCUGAUUCUGAAGAUGAACCAUCCAAAGCCAAAGGAAGUGAAAAUGAAGAUGAUGAAAGUGAUAAGGAGACUGGUGAGAAACUCAUUGCUGAUAUUUUUGGCUCGAGUGAUGAAGAUGAAGAGUUUGAGGGUUUUGGUGAGGCUGAUGUAGAAGCUGUUCCCAAGAGGAAGGAAAAGAAAGCUGAUAAUGAUGAUGAUGGUAAUGAUGAUGAUGAUGACGAUGACGAUGAUGAUCAACAAAAGACUGAUUUGAAUGAUGACAAUAAUGAAGUUCUUCCUCUGGUAUCAGAUGAUGAAAAUGAAGAAAUUGUUCGAGAUUCACAAAGAGAGGAUUUUGUAUCUGAUUUCGAUAUCAUGCUAGAAAAGAAGAAAGCUGAACGACAAGGGAAUCGUCGCAGGCGGAAAGAUAUUGACAUCAUUAAUGAUAAUGAUGACCUUAUUGCUGAUAUGGUACAGAAAAUGAAGUUAGCUGCUGAGGAAGAUAGAGAGUUAAACCAAUCAAAAAAAGCUGCUACAAAGAAACUUAAAUACCUUCCGUUUGUUUAUUCUCAACUUAAAAAAACUGAUCUCCAUAUUGCCUUCCUUGAUUGUGGUAUUUUGAGUGCUAUGACAGAAUGGUUGGCUCCACUACCUGAUCGGAGUUUACCUCAUUUAACCAUUAGAGAAAAUUUCUUAAGAAUUUUAAUAGAGUUUCCACCAAUUGGAACAGAUAGCUUAAAGAGCAGUGGUAUAGGAAAAGCAGUAAUGUAUUUAUAUAAACAUCCUAAAGAAACUCGAGGAAAUAAAAUCUGUGCUGGAAAACUAAUAAAUGAAUGGUCUCGACCAAUUUUCAACUUAACAUCAGACUAUAGUAUGUUGUCAAAAGAAGAUCGAGAAGAAAGAGAUUACCAACAGUUGCCUAAAAAACGGAGAGUCAGUGAUCAAGGUGGAGAAACACCCCGGAGAGACAUAGAUAAAGCAUUAAAUAGUGAAGAAAAAGCACUUCGUCCUGGUGAGAAGGGCUGGGUCUAUAGAGCUCGUGUACCUAUGCCUUCCAACAAAGACUAUGUGGUACGACCAAAAUGGAAUGUUGAUGAAAACCCGCGGAAGUCAUCAAAGAAAGCUCUCUCAAGAUAUGAAAUUCAAAUGCGUCAGUUCCAGGAAAAGAAACGGCGAAUGAAAACUCAACGUGCUGUCACAAUCAGUAUUGAAGGACGUAACAUGUCUUUAUGAUUCAUAUUCUAUUCUUUUCUUUUCACACACACAACAACAACAAUUGAAACUGAAUUGAAAUCAGUUUAUCUCCAGUAAAACAAGAGAUUAUUAUUAUUAUCAUUAUUAUUAUUAUUAUUAUUAUUAUUAUUAUUGAGGCAGUGAGCUGGCAGAAUUGUUAACUUGCUGGACAAAAUGCAUAGGGGAAUUUCAUCCGUCUUAAUGUUCUGAGUUCAAAUUCUGUUGAGGUCAACUUUGCCUUUCAUCCUUUUGAGGUCAAUAAAAUAAGUAACAAUCAAGUACUGGUUUUGAUAUAAUCAACUUCCCCCUCCUCUCAAAAACUGCUGGCUUUGUGCCAAAAUUUGAAACAAUUAUUAUUUUGUUUUUUUUUUACUUUCAGCAUUACAAUGAGGUGGCAAAAUCUUUGUCUUUCCACCACAUUGCAGGUUGGCACUCAGUUUCAAUUACUAAUAGGAACUGAUCCACUUCACUUUACUCUGAACAUUACUGGAUGCUCUUUGCAAUUCCAUUAACUCUGUGAAUCAAGCUUAGGAAUUGUUUUUUUUUUUAAUUCUAAUUUUCAACCAUUUCACAUGUCAGUAAUAUCUUUGGAAAGGUCAUUAAUAAUACAUAUGCUAACCCUAAAAAAAAUAUUCAUACCUAUAUAAAAAUCCUUACCACCCAAGUGCUUGGCUUGUAUCAGACCAAGUUUUUACAUGCUGCAGGUGUUGUAUUUUGUCCUUAGGCAAUAUCUUAACUUUAUUUGCCUAACAAAGGUGUCUAACAAACUAUGAUUAUCAUAAAAGAUAUUUUGUUACUUAUUAAGCAGUGGAGUGGCAGAUACAGUAGAGUAUUGCAUUGUCACCUCUUUACAUUCUGAGUUCAAAAACCUGCCAGUUUACUAGUACCACUAGUAAACCGGGCUUGAUGUAAUUGAUUGUGUCUCUUCCUCAAAUUUGUAGGUGCCAAUGUUGUCAUCAUCAUCAUCAUCAUUAUUAAGGCGAUGCGCUGAUAGAACCAUUAGCUUGCUGGACAAAAUGUUUAGCAGCAUCUUCAUGUUCUAAAUUCAAAUUCUGCCAAGGUUGAUUUUGGCUUUCAUCCUUUUAGGGUCGAUAGAAUAAGUAGCAGUUGAGCACUGGGGUCAAUGAAUUCAACUUACCACUACCCCACCAAAAAAUUGCUGGCCUCAUGCCAGAAUUUGAAAGCAUUAUUAUUACUAUUAUUAUUGAAUAUUGAAUCCUGUGUGACAUCUUCAAUGAUGAUAAUGAUAAUGCUUUCAAAUUUUGGCACAAGGCUAGCAAUUUUGGGGGAGGGGUUAGUCAAUUACAUUAACCCCAGUACUCAACUGCUACUUAUUCUAUUGAGCCUGAAAGGAUGAAAGCCAAAAUUAACCUUGGUGGAAUUUGAACUUAGAAUGUGAAAAGGCGGCAUGCUGGGUAAAAUGCUUAGUGGCAUGUUGUCUGUCUUUAUAGUCAGAGUUCAAAUUCCACCAAGGCCGACUUUGUCUUUCGUACUUUCGGGGUUGAUAAAAUAAGUACCAAUUGAGCACUGGGGUUGAUGUAAUCAACUUAACCCAUUCCUGAACUUGCUGGUCUUUUACCAACAGUUGAAACCACAAUUGUUGUUGUUGUUAUUAUUAUUAUUAUUAUUAUUAUUAUUAUUAUUAUUAUUAUUAUUAUCAUCAUCAUCAUCAUCAUCAAGGUAGCGAGCUGGCAGAUUUUGUCUGUCUUUAUGUCCUGAGUUCAAAUUACACCAAGGUUGACUUUGCCUUUCAUCCCUUCAGGGUCAAUGUAAUCGAUGAGUCCCCUCUCCCCAAAUUUCAGGCCUUAUGCCUAUAGUAGAAAGAAUCAUCAUCAUCAUCACCAUCUUCAUCAUCAUCCCUGUAUGUCUUUGGAACAGAACUUUUCUUAUAUUUUUCUUUUCUUUACAUAUUUUACCAAUUUCUGAUUCAAUAAACGAAGAAAAGUGUCUUUAUAUAA